AUGGACGAGAUGCAUGUGGCCAGAAACAUAUCGGUGAUAUCUAUACCCCAAGCGGUCGAGGCAUCCACCUCGACCGGGGGGCAGGUUUCGCUCGGGUUGUCAUACUUCCUCACGGUAUUUUCAACUAUGAUGAUGAUCUUGCGCUUCUGGUCACGCCGACUGAGCCGGUUUGGCAUUGGGUUGGACGACUGGCUUGCCCUGGCGACGCUUAUCAUGCUCUAUAUUGUUCUGGGUCUCAGCGUGGCACUAGUCUACGAGGGUGGUGUAGGAAAGACCAUGGCUCAGGCUGUAAAAGAGCAGCCAAUGUCACCCGUCAUGGCCCUGAAGCUGUCGUCAUCUGGAAACGGAGUUUGUCACUUCAGAGUCGAAGUUUACCUCAUUAUCGUCGCAGCACCGAAUAUAGUCAUCGACACACUGACUAUAAUCCUUCCGGUGUACGAAGUCUGGCACCUGCAGUUGGAACGAUGGAAAAGGAUCGCGGUUUCGGGCAUCUUCGUGGUUGGAGGAAUGGUGGUUGUCGCAAGUAUUGUUCGCUUGAUAUUUCUGGUUGCUUUCUAUUUCAAGCACAGUGCCGACCUGACCUUCAACCUAUUGCUGCCUUGGUUCGUAACCCUGGCGGAGAUCGGUGUGGGCAUUGUAGGAGCAUGUCUGCCCUGUCUUAUGCCUCUCUACCGCCGCUUUUGGCAUGAUACGUCGGGAAGCAAGCCUUCCGGAUACGGCGGCCAGUCGUCUCUGAGGUCUCAUAUCCCCGGACGAACUAUCGGCUCAAAUACUGUUAUCGCCGGCCAUUCUGGGGGUAAAAAGGGCCUCUCAGGUCUGGAUGAAAGCGGUCAUCCGUUUGAGAGGCUGCCUACAGGAGCGCUCAACGAUGACUUGGCAUGA